AUGACGGUAAAUAUAUCAGAUUUAAUUCAGCCGUGUCGUUCCGACAAUAUAACGACCACUACUCUUGUUCUUAGCUACAAUGUCGGCUAUUUUUUUGCGGCUGGGCGUAGACGUAGAGUGGCCACUAAGUGCAUCUGCAACAACAGUGGCCGCAACAGCUCCAACACCACCUUAAGGCUCUAUUACACGUUACAGCAGCAGGCGAAUACAAAGACGACUACGGCAACAAAAACAACAACCGCGACGCCGAUGAUGACAACAACAACAACAGCUGAGACGACGGCAAUGGCAAUGACGUUGGAGCAUGCCACACAUACUAAGGCUAGCAGCCAAACAACCAACCAACCGACCAUCCAGCCAGUCAGCCAGCCCCAAGUCCCCAACAAAAUAACGAAAAAGGCGAACCGCGACACACCACACCACACCGCACCACAGAAUUUUAUACAACACAGUAACACCAUCAACAAGCACCACUACGGCCACCAGCCACCAGCAGCAGCAAGCAACCGCAGCAGCAACGUUGGCGUUGCGGCUGCUGCAAAACCAAUAGCAAACCCCACUACAACCAACCAACAACAACCAGAAAGAAGGCCCACCAACAACAGCAACAACCAGAGAAAACCAGAAAUACAGCAUCAUCACCAAACAGACAGGCAGGCAGGCACUGCAGAAGAAACCAAAAACCAGUUAAGAUCGACGUAA